AUGUUAUCGCGGGUGUCCACGGGCUCUAAGACUACUUUGACCCAAUGGGCCCGGACACAAAAAUCCGUUCGUGGAUACGCACAAGUUAUUUCGGCGACUGCUAGUUACGGAAACAAGAAAGUGCCAAUGUCAAAUCUGGAAAAAGAUAAAUACAUCAAUUAUCAACGGAUUGAAGAUAACUUGGCUAUAGUGAAAAAGAGACUAGGGCGGCCAUUGACAUUAUCCGAAAAAAUACUCUAUGGACACUUGGACGAUCCUGUGAACCAAGAAAUAAUUCGCGGUAAAUCGUAUUUGAAUCUCCGGCCUGAUCGUGUUGCAUGUCAAGACGCGACCGCCCAAAUGGUGCUUCUGCAGUUUAUAUCUGCUGGUAUACCAGGUGUCGCCGUGCCUACAACUGUUCACUGUGAUCACUUGAUUGAAGCGCAAGUUGGUGGCGAAAAAGAUUUAGCAAAAGCUAUAGAGGUCAAUAAGGAAGUUUAUGAUUUUUUGAAGACUAGUUCGGCAAAAUAUGAUAUUGGGUUUUGGGGACCUGGGUCUGGCAUUAUUCAUCAAAUUAUCUUGGAAAACUAUGCGUUCCCCGGUGGUCUUAUGAUUGGUACCGAUUCGCAUACGCCGAAUGCCGGUGGAUUGGGCAUGGUGGCGGUUGGUGUUGGCGGUGCUGAUGCUGUUGAUGUUAUGGCGAAUAUUCCAUGGGAAUUGAAAUGCCCUAAUGUGAUUGGUGUUAAACUAACUGGCGAUUUGAGUGGCUGGACUGCAUCAAAAGAUGUGAUUCUCAAAGUAGCCGGUAUUCUAACGGUAAAGGGAGGCACCGGUGCCAUUGUUGAGUACUUUGGACCUGGUGUCGAGUCUUUAUCGUGUACUGGUAUGGCUACAAUUUGCAAUAUGGGUGCCGAGAUUGGCGCUACAACUUCACUAUUUCCUUUCAAUAGACGCAUGGGUGAUUUUCUUCGUGCUACUAAACGAGGAGAAAUUGCUGCAUAUGCUGAGAGUUUUGCACAUAACUUACGUGCCGACGAAGGGGCGCAAUACGACCAAAUCAUAGAGAUUAACUUGUCAGAAUUAGAACCGCAUGUUAACGGUCCAUUUACACCCGAUCUCGCAACUCCAUUAAGUAAACUCAAGGAUGCAGUCGAAAAGAAUAACUGGCCACCGGAAAUAAAGGUGGGCUUGAUUGGUUCAUGUACUAAUUCAUCAUAUGAAGAUAUGAGCCGGUCUGCUUUCAUUGCCAAAGAAGCUCAUGAACAUGGAUUGAAAGCGAAAUCAACGUUCACAAUCACACCCGGUUCUGAACAAAUUCGUGCGACAAUCGAGCGCGAUGGUCAAGAGGAAAUUCUAAAGAGUGUCGGCGGUCUUGUUUUAGCUAACGCAUGUGGUCCCUGUAUUGGACAAUGGAAUCGUCAAGAUGUGAAAAAAGGAGAAAAAAAUACAAUCGUCACAUCCUAUAAUCGUAACUUCACUGGCCGUAACGAUGCAAAUCCCGCCACUCAUGCUUUCGUCACAUCACCCGAUCUUGUUACAGCGUUGGUUUUCGCGGGUGAUCUUCGUUUCAAUCCAAUGACUGAUACACUUACCGGCGCUGACGGCAAACCUUUUAAAUUUUCCGAACCUAAUGGGGCAGAACUGCCGUCACGUGGCUAUGAUCCCGGCAAAGACACUUAUCAGGCACCACCAGAAGAUCGCUCGAAAGUAAACGUGGUCAUCGAUCCGAAAAGUAGUCGACUUCAAUUUCUACAACCUUUCAAAAAAUGGGAUGGAAAAGAUGCUGAAGAAAUGCCAAUUUUGAUAAAGGUUAAAGGAAAGUGUACGACAGAUCACAUUUCUAUGGCUGGCCCCUGGCUUAAAUUCCGUGGUCAUUUGGAUAAUAUAUCAAAUAAUAUGUUAAUUGGCGCUGUUAAUGCCGAGAAUAAUGCUGUUAAUAAAGUUAGGAACAUGUUCACUAAUGAAUACGAUGCCGUGCCGUCCGUUGCUCGACAGUACAAAGCAAAAGGAAUUGGUUGGGUGGUCAUCGGAGACGAUAAUUACGGUGAAGGUUCCUCUCGUGAACAUGCAGCACUCGAAGUACGCCAUUUAGGAGGCGUUGCCGUUAUAGUAAAAUCAUUUGCACGUAUCCACGAGACUAAUCUCAAAAAACAAGGUCUUUUGCCACUCACCUUUGUCAAUCCAUCCGACUAUGAUAAGGUCGACCCCUCCGAUAAGGUUUCCAUAAUCGGCCUGAAAACCUUCGCUCCCGGAAAAACAUUAACUAUGCGGCUUCAAAAAGCGAAUGGUGCAACAGUGGAUAUUCCUCUAAAUCAUUCUUUCAAUCAAAAUCAAAUUGAAUGGUUCAAGGCAGGCUCAGCUUUGAAUCGUAUGGCUCAAAAAUAA